AUGAUAACUUGCAACACACUCCAAAACAACACCUAUCUCAACACCAAACUCGCCGCCUUUUACGCGAAUUGUGGUCAAAUGACAGAAGCCCAAUUCAUAUUUGGCCACAUUGUGUUGAAGAAUUCAUUCUUGUGGAAUUUCAUGAUCAGAGGCUUCGCUUGCAAUGGGUAUUCUUUGGAGAGCAUCGUUUUGUAUCGCGAAAUGAUGAGUUUUGGGCAAAAACCUAACAAUUUUACUUACCCGUUUGUUCUCAUGGCCUGUGGCAAUAUGGUUCUUGUUGAAAUGGGUAGGAGAGUUCAUUGUGAGACAGUUGUUUGUGGGUUGGAUUCAAAUGUUUUUGUUGGUAAUUCUUUGCUUGCGAUGUAUGCGAAGUUUAAGGACGUGGAAAUGAUGAGGAUAGUGUUUGAUAGAAUGCCUGUGAGAGAUUUGACUUCUUGGAAUACGAUGAUUUCCGGUUAUGUGAAGAAUGGUGAACCAGGAGAGGCUUUAUUGGUAUUUGGAACUAUGGGAAAAGCUGGUAUAAUUGCGGAUUGUACCACUCUGCUAGGGAUACUCUCUGCUUGUGCUGCCUUGGCAGCAUUAAAAGAGGGUGAAGCGGUCCACAGUAAUGCUAUUCAAAAAAACUUGGUAAAGGCUAAUAAUUUUCUGAGCAACUCCCUUAUUGAAAUGUAUUGUAGUUGUAACUCAAUGGUGAUUGCAAAGCGACUUUUUGAGGAGCUGACCUGGAAGGACACUGUGGCAUGGAAUUCUUUGAUUUCGGGUUAUGCAAGGAAUGGAAACUCUUUUGAAAGCCUGAGAUAUUUCUGUAGAAUGCUUGUGGAAGGAGUGUUGCCUGAUAAAGUGACUUUUGUGAUUGUGCUUGGAGCUUGUGGUCUUAUCACAGCCUUGCAAUUUGGCUUGUCUGUUCAUUCGUGUAUUGUGACGAAAGGGUUUGAUACAAAUGCAAUGGUGGGAACUGCUCUCAUGGAUAUGUAUUCUAAAUGUGGGAGUUUAGCAUGUUCCAGUCAUGUUUUUGAGGAGAUGACCAACAAAAAUUUGGUUUCUUGGAGUGCUAUGAUUACAGGAUAUGGGCUUCAUGGAAAGGGAAGAGAAGCUGUAUCUGUCUUUCAAGAAAUGAAAGCAAAUGGAAUUGUUCUGGAUGAAGGUGUUUUUACUUCAGUUUUGUCAGCAUGCAGCCAUGCAGGUUUAGUCAAUGAAGGUAAAGAGAUUUUUCACAGCAUGAGAAAUGUGCACAAUAUCAAGCCUGUAAUUGCUCACUACUCCUGUAUGGUCGAUCUUCUUGGGAGAGCAGGGCGUUUAGAUGAAGCAUAUGAGUUUGUCGAGAAGAUGGAAGUCAAGCCCACCAGUGAUGUCUGGGCUGCACUUCUUUCUGCUUCUCGGCUCUCUCGAAAUGUUGAGCUCGCUGAGCUUUCAGCACAGAAAGUUUUUGAACUGCAUCCAAAAGGAGUUGGUAGCUAUGUUUGCCUGUCCAAUAUAUAUGCUGCUGAGCAAAGAUGGGAUGAUGUAGAAAGGGUGAGAGCCUUGGUAAGAAGGAAGGGACUGAAGAAAGAACCAGGCUGCAGUUUUGUUGAGUUAGAUAAGGUGGUUCAUUCGUUCUUAGUUGGAGAUAAGUCACACCAACAGGCAGUAGAGAUAUAUGCCAAGCUAAAAGAGUUGUGUAAACUGGCAGUAGAGAUAUAUGCCAAGCUAAAUGAGUUGUGUAAACUGGUAAGUGAGGCAGGGUAUAAACCUGAUACUAGCUUAGUUUUCUAUGAUGUCGGGGAAGAAGUGAAAGAGAAGAUGCUUUGGGAUCACAGUGAAAGACUGGCAAUUGCUUUUGCUUUAAUUAAGUCGGGCCCAGGAACGAUAAUUAGGAUCACCAAGAACCUGCGAACAUGUGGAGAUUGCCACACUGUAACAAAACUCAUUUCUAAGCUUACAUGUCGAGAAAUUAUAAUGAGGGACACCCAUAGGUUUCACCACUUCAGAGACGGAUAUUGUUCUUGUGGUGACUAUUGGUGA